AUGACAACAUGCUCUAAAAAUGGAAUAGUUAAUGGAAGUCAGAGGAGUUCCAUUGUUGGGAUUACCAAUGAGCAAGAGUUUGAUCAAGAUGCUGGACAACGAUUAGAGGAAAUUUUCGACAAAAAGCUGGAUUUUGAUACUUCUGAAAAGUUGGUUAUUGAUAAAGCUAAAAACAAAAAUUUCGAUACAUCUACUGAACCGUUUAACGCAUAUACUUCAGCACUAUCUAGUGGACAGGCACCAAACAGAGCAACACUAGAGUCUUCUAGCGAAAUAACAGGGAUUGAAUCUGACAAAAUAACAUGGGAGACUUUGGGUGGACAGACUUUGCAGAUGUCUAACAAACCAAUGCCAACAGCAUCUAGCAAAGUCUCUUUAGAGACACCUACCAGCGUAACAUUAGAGACAUCUCUUGGACCAUCUUUAGAGACACCUACCAGCGUAACAUUAGAGAUACCUCGUGAACCAUCUUUAGAGACACCUACCAGCAUAACAUUAGAGACAUCUCGUGGACCAUCUUUAGAGACAUCUACCAGCGUAACAGUAGAGACAUCUCGUGGACCAUCUUUAGAGACACCUACCAGCGUAACAUUAGAGAUACCUCGUGGACCAUCUUUAGAGACACCUACCAGCAUAACAUUAGAGAUACCUCGUGGACCAUCUUUAGAGACACCUACCAGCAUAACAUUAGAGAUACCUCGUGGACCAUCUUUAGAGACACCUACCAGCGUAACAGUAGAGACAUCUCGUGGACCAACUUUAGAGACACCUACCAGCGUAACAUUAGAGACACCAAGUGGGCCAACAUGUGAGCAAUCCAUGGAAGAAAAUUAUGUUGGAAUAAAGUUAGAGACGAGCAGUGGGAAACAUUCUGUUCAAGGUCCAACCCGGAAAUUGGGAACAGUCAAUGAACAACAUUUCAUGACAUCAGUCUGCAAACAGCUGACAACGACUAAAGAAGACCUAAUCAAAACUUUUGACGCUGAUGCUACAUUUAAACCAAUAGCUGUGCUAGGGAUUGGUGAACAAAUAAACAGUUCCUAUGAUAUAGUAGAUCUAGAUGAACUUGAUGAGGAUGAAAUCAGAUCUGAAGAUCAGUAUUGUGAAAGUGAGGAGGACGAGGAGUACAACUAUCCGAUGGGACUCCGACUAGGUCCUAUAGGACAGGAUAGGGAGGACGAGGACAAGGAAGGAUGGAACUAUGAGAAGGAUGACGGAAGAAAGCCUCUAAACUAUGAGGAUGAGGACGCGGAGAAAGUUCGAGAAAAGAUGAAAAGAAUGGAAGCUGAGCAGGAAGAGUUAUCUGGAAGUCUUCAAGCUUUAACAUCUCAUUUUGCUCGUUUACAACUUCGGCUUCAACAGGUGACUGCUGCCCCGGAAGAGCAAAGAGAAGAACUUUUAAAUGAUCUUCUCAAGUUUUCUAACCUUGGAAUACCAGACUUCAGAGCAGCUUAUUCACAGGGUUCCCAUGGGUUUUCUCAAAGAAUGUCAGCCAAUUUGGUCCAGCAGUUUGCUGCUCAGCUAUAG